GUGUGUGUCUGAAAUGCGCUAUUUUUUUCUGAGUGAGUCAUCAUCCCUUUGUAGACGAUCUUUGUGCUGCACACGAAAGGGAAAGGAAACAGCGACUUCUCCAUUCCGAAACCUCCUCUCGUCUUUAGCGCUAACGAGUGUUUGAUCGAUCGGAACCUUUGAGGCGAGCAACGUUUGUUCCUCGGUUUCAGCCAGGGCUUCUUGGUUUGCUUCUCUGACUCCCCCCUCUCCGGUAGAGCGCCGCUGUCGACCGUGAGGACUUCGCUUUGAAAUCCCAGGCGCCAGAUUUAUCGAGCCCGACUGCACGAAGUUGAUAGGCAAGCUAGCUAGCUAGCCACCUAGCUAAGUCUUAGCUAGCUUGCAGUGCUGGUCGGGGGGAGCCCGUUUUAUUUUUUUAUUUUUUCUUUGUAAACAUAUUUUUGGAGGGGCGUCGUUUUGUCAUCGCACUGCUACUGGCCGUGGCUGUUUCCCCUGACAUCUGAAGACUAUUUGCGGCGAGGUUUAGAGCGGUAAGCCGGUUGUUUCUAGCUAGCGUGCUCGAUAUAGCUUGCUAGCUAAUACCCUGCGUAUUUAGCCUGGAAGCCAGUUCAAGGCCUCAGUCCAGCGCCACCACCAGCUGCCACCGCCGCCACCAAAGUAUUUGCAUUGCCCCGCAGUGAGAGGUGACAGCUUACUUGGUGACGCAGAGACUUCUCCCUGAGGAGCCAAGAAGCAGACGGCUCAUGACUUCUGACCAGGACACGAAAGUUGUAGCUGAACCACAGGUGCAGCAAGUGCAAGAGGCAAAAGAGAACUCUCAUUUGGAAUCCGCCAAGGUUUCAGACCUCAACCCCAAUGCGAAAGCAUGGGCCAACCACAUGUUUAGCCUGGACCCCAGCGGGAGUGCUGACACCACAACUGCUGCCCUGCAGCCAUGGAAGGAAGGCUGCGAUAGUUCGGCCGACCCCGGCCCAGAAGGCUAUGAAGCCAGUGAAGACAAGGCUUACAAGGAGCCCCUACUAACCGACCCAGAUGAACCUCCACCGGUCCCAGUAAUGCUGGCCGAGCCGGCCCCCGUGGCCUCCGUCACCCUGGAGUGCGCCGAGCCAGCCUACACAGAAUACCCCGAGCCUGGGCAGCCUGCUGGGCACACAGGCAGUGAUUCCCAGCCUGAGAAUCCCCAGGAGGGCCUGAGGGAGCACCUGAAGAAGACCCUGGAGUUCUGUCUUUCCCGGGAGAAUCUGGCCAGUGACAUGUACCUCAUCUCCCAGAUGGACAGCGACCAAUACGUGCCAAUCGUGACGGUGGCCAACCUGGACCACGUCAAAAAGCUCAGCACCGACGUGGAGCUGAUCGUGGACAUUUUACGAUCUCUGCCAUUGGUCCAGGUGGACGAGAAGGGGGAGAAGGUGCGACCCAAUCAGAACCGCUGCAUCGUGAUCCUCAGAGAGGUUCCUGAGAGCACGCCCAUAGAGGAGGUUGAGGCUCUCUUUAAAGGAGACAACCUACCCAAGUUCAUCAACUGUGAAUUUGCCUACAACGACAACUGGUUCAUCACCUUUGAAUCAGAAGCAGAUGCACAGCAGGCAUAUCAGUAUCUGCGUGAGGAGGUGAAGACGUUUCAAGGGAAGCCAAUUAAGGCGAGGAUAAAGGCGAAGGCAAUCGCUAUCAACACUUUCAUGCCAAAGAACGGUUACCGGCCGGUGGAGGUGAACCCAUACGCCCAGCAGCGCUACACGUCCUACUACAUCCCGCCGGUUUACAGCCCCCAGCAGCAGUUCCCCUUAUACAGCCUCAUCACGCCGCAGGCCUGGUCGGCCACACACAGCUUCAUCGACCCCACACUGGUUGCUCCAUUUCACAACAACCAGUUCAUCAACGGAUUUACAUCGCACAGUUUCAAACCAGCGACAUCCCCCCUCACCGUCAGACACUACUCGCCCAGGAACAGGAAUCACAGUAAACCUCACCUGAGGCCGACCAUCCCCACAGCGGACCGCAGCACAGGGCUCCUGGACAGCCCGGGCCUCUUUCCCAGCUUCCCCAGCGAGAGGCUCAACGGGGUCCGCAGCAGCCCGCCGACACGACUCCCCACCAGCCAGCCCAGAACUCGGUUACCCUCCACCGCGGCCUUCCCUCGAAGGGACACCGUCGGCACGGGGCGGGUAACUGAGCCCACAACCACGGACUACUCCCUGGGUAUUGGUCGAGGAAGGAAAAAUGUUUCUGCUUCUAGGAAAAAGAGGGACGAAAAGUUUACAAGAGUGACGCCUCAGUCGCCGCCUCCCCCUCCCAAACCCCCGUCUCCGAGCUUCGAGCUGGGCCUCUCCAGCUUCCCUCCCCUGCCCGGAGCAGCCGGCCAGCUCAAGACCGACGACGUGUUCGACAACAGGCUGGCCAGCAGCGUCGUUGUCGGAACCGCCAAGGAACGGAAUGUAAGUGCUGAGUCCAGCACUGGAGGAGCUCUGUCUCCAGCGGGCCCCAAGGAGCCUCUUCGGUCCUCCACCUCCCCGAUGCCUACAAGCUUCCAGCCCUCGCCGACCACUCCGACCCCAGCCUCCGCCCCGACACUGACCCCGGCUGCCGGGCCGCCGCACAGUCCCGCUCCCUCCCUCCCAGCAACGGAGGUGAAGGUGACGGAGGUGAAGCCAAAGGAGGUGCAGUUGUCUGUGGAGCGAGUUCCCGGCACUUUGUCCACUGCAAGCAAAUCGGUGCAAGUCAACGGUGCUGCCACAGAGCUGAGGAAGCCCUCCUACGCUGAGAUCUGCCAGCGGGUGAAGGACGCCCCGACAUUACAGCAGCCGCCGACCCCCAAGGAAGCCAAGCCAACCUGCGCUGUCCCCGCAGGCGAGGAGAGGAAGUGCCCCGACGCCUCCGCCCCCGCGGGGGAGGCCAAGACCAGAGAGACAUACCCACCUGCCGCCGCCGCCGCCUCCUCCAAACCCGGCUCGGCGGCCGUCACCCCUGGCAGACCCCCAAGGGAGGCCAGGAGGCCGGCCGGGCGGUGGGCCUCUCCGCCCCCACACCCAGGGAAAACCCAGAGCAAAGAUCCCCACCACACCCCGCCCAAGUCCCCGCAGUAGGGCGACUCCCCUCACCCGUCCCCGAGUCCUACCCCCUCCUCUCCCCACUAUGCUCCACAGAUGCGUUUAAAAAAGGAAAUAUAAGUCAGGGCUACUCAAUACUUAUAUCCCAGAAUCACCAGUCACAAACAAGCAUAGAGGACGCCUUCUUUUCUGGAUCAGGGCUUGCAGACAAAAAGCACUUUACUGUGCAUGUAGAGCACCGUUUCAUUCUUUUUAUUCUAUUUAUUUGCUUUUUUUAAUUUCAGUUUUAUUUCUCCUUUUUCCUUCUCCUUUUUUUGCAUUACGUAGUUGUGUCAGCCUGUAAGUUGGCACAGACAACACUGAAAUUUAUUCAUUCUAUCCAAACGGCCUUGUGGGAUUAAAAGUAGUCUUGUGUGUGUGAAGCAGCAAGGGCAUUGUUGGAAGCCACCCCCAGUGGAUGAUGGGAAAGAGAGCAUGCACAACAGACUCCACCUUGUUUGGCUCUCAAAGCGAGUGAGGAAAGGGGGGUGGGGGGUUUGUUUGCAUGUUGAGUGGCACUGUUGUGCAACUUUAUGUAGCUUAAUUAUGGGUCAUAAUUAGCGGAUGGGUUUUUUAAAAAUACAUAUUCACAUUCAUAUGCAACUAAAAUCAUCACAAGACUCGGGAUUCUUUGGUUUACAUCACUUCAGUGUUUUUUUCUCAGAUUUAUUUACACUAGAUGACAUUUGUUUGUUGGAAAUAUUUCUUUUUCACAAGUCAAGCUUUGUCCGCAGACUGUUGUCGACUGUCGGUAUAGUUACUGCUGGUAAUCGUCGCUGGGUGUCGCCUCAGCGUUUUCUUCUUCUCUGAUUGUUUUCUCUGCAAAGAAUCACCUUUCUCUGCUGUUUUUACUGUUGCUAACCAGAUAGUUAUGUUGCAUAGCUUGUGUCUAAUGGCUGCUGGCGUCUGAUGGAAAGGGCAUUGGGAUAUCUGCACAACUUUGCAAAUUCAAGACACCUUGUUGUUGAGGCAGAAAUUGGGGUUGAGGUGUUUCUUUUUCCCCCAGAUGUUCAGGGUCAGGGGGAAUAGCUGAAUUUUCUCUGCGAGCGCUGUCCUCUCUCCUUGUUUAAAAAAUGUGGAAUAAAACUCAGCAGCGGGUACAUACUGGUUGAAGGAAGACGCAGGUUUCAGUCACUUCUUGUUGAAGCAGGAGGAGGAAAUAACACUAGCUACCAUUCAGAUGGGUUAUAACAAACUGUCAUGAGGAGGAGGUGUAGACCAGCUUGUUCAGAAUAUCUGCUGAGACAAAAAGGGCACAAGUUCAGAGUUCAACGUUCAACCAGUGGCAACAGUUUCUAGUUCUUUCUCCCAGAUAUGGUGCUAGAUGUCAGACAAAUCCUGGAAUCCGUUACUACAUCUCAUCUGAUACUUGAUUUACAUCUGCAGGACUUUUAAUUUGCACUGUUUUCUGUUCUUUCAGACUAUUAGAUUAUCCUACCUGAAGCAGAAACCGAAAAAAAAGGGAAUUAAUCCUGAAAGUCGGGGAGUAAAAUGAUGCAAAUUCAGAUUUCCAGGAGUUAAUAAACUUAAAGGACCCUGCAGAACAUCUUCCCUGUAGACACAAUCACUGAAGCCUUUUUGUUUUCGUUACUGUAGUGAUGGAUGAUUGUCCAGCUUUGUUAUAUUGUUGACAGCUCGUCACUGAUGCUAAUUUUUGUUCAUUUCUUCAGAAGGAUUUGGUGCUCGUGUUGGUUUGGAUUUUGGCCUCUGGUGUUUGUAUCAGCAAGGAUUUUCAUUGAAAAAGUGCUUGGAAAAGUGAUGAAUAUGGAACGUGAGACUGGUUGGAUAGACCUAGAGUAUUUUUAUGAAACAUUAAAGAAGGUUUUUUGUUGUGGAACGUAGUUUGCCAUGUUGGAGUGUGAGAAAUUGUGGACAGCGAUGAACCAAACAUCCUUUAAAAAUGUAAACAUUUAACAAAUGGGCAGGCGAGGGCAGGCGAGGUUUACAGCAGGAGUGUGAUCAGGGAAAUGUAAAGUCCAUCCAUCCUCAGCGUCAAGUCUUUACCACUAGGGUUGUCUUUUUUGUUUUUUUUUUCUGUCAUAUGUUCCCAUCAGUCUCUUCUGCUUCCAGUUUGUCUUGAGUUUGAAACUCUCUCGAAAAAGAUUAACCAAAGCACACAACCUUUCCUGCUAAUUCACUCCUGUUCUUCUGGAUAAAUUGCAGGCGACAGGCGUUAAAUUCAAAGCACAGAGUGCAAGAGAGCCUUUAUUCAAUCGUGAGCCGACAACAUGUGGCUCAGGACGUAAACACUAAAGUUUGCGCAACAUAAAUGAGGAAUAUUUUGGAUGAGAACUGGUGGAAACGUCGGAGUGAAGUAGCAAGAAAACACAAAUUCAGGGAGGAAAGUUGUUAAAUUUCUCUGCUUCGGUUGGUGCGUCUGUUUACUGUAGCAGCCACUUUGUCAGACGACCAACUAGAUCUCGGAUGUUUUUACUGUAUCCUAAAGAUGCAGUCAGCCGGUGAAAUGGUAAAAAACUGUUGGUGCACGAGUUUUGAAUUGACAGCCAGGUGAUAAAACUGCAAUUAUAAAAUGUCAAAAGUGGAUUUGAAGCGAGUUUCUCCUCCCUGUCCAUGAGUUGUGUGCUCGGACUAAUCUUUUUUAAGUUGUCACCUCAGAUGCAAAACCCUUAAAAAAACACAAAAAACCCCACUGUACUUUACUCGGUAUCUGGGGGAGAAACCUACACGACGUGGGACCUCGCACGUUUCGCCAAAGUCUUCCUGCGACAAGAAUCAUCCGGGGGUUAAAUCCCACUGAGAGAAAACAGGAGCCCGUCUGCAGAAGGGAAAACUUCAGUUUAAAAUAAAAAAAAUCCUGUUCUCCCGCUCAUAGCUGCUUCUGAUUUGGAUGCUAAAAUCUUGAGUUUGCUAUAAAGAAUUUUUUUUUCUUUUUAUUUUGAAGGACUGAGAUGCACUUGGAUGGGUCGAUUUAUUAUUUUCUUUUCUUUUUUUCUCAUUGGUGGAAAUGGUAAAAGAUGAAAAUGCACCAUAUCCACUUAUUUAUAAACCAGUGCUGUUUAUUCCAUGAGAAAUAUCGUUAAGUUUGUUUUUGUUUUGUUUUUUAGGGAGAAGAAAAAAAUAGAGAUGAUCGAGGUCUCUAUAGAUAAGCAAAAUGUAAAAAAAAAAAAGAAAAAUCCAUCCAGUGUUUGAGAAACUUGAAUUUUAUUUAAACUUGAAAAAUGACUUUGCCUUAACUUUUAUACAAGACAAGCAUAGAGUUUAUUUCUUUUCAAAAAAAAUAAAUCCCCGAGAUGUUAACGAAGCGUGACACAUGGAAAAUAUUUAGUCGUACUAGACGUCACAAGUCUUACCGAGAGAGAGAAAGUACAGAUCUAGCAGUGAUUUUUCUUUCAUUUCGCGUUUUUGUUUUUGUAAAAUGUAUGAAAAAGAAUAAUUUUGAUUGUUCUUUUUUUGUUUUUUUUCUUGUUUAAUAGUUUCAGGUUGUUUUUUGUUUUUUUUUCUUUGGGGAAGAAUAUAAACCUUGUAAAUGCAAAACUAGUCAAUACUGUAUUAAAUAUGUGCACUUUGAAGUGUGUGCUUUGCUUGUACAGUUGUAAAUACUCAGAAAAAUAUAAGAGGUACCUUAAAAUGAUUAUAAAAAUAUAUUGAUCUUGUUGAACUAUUAAUGUCGCUAUUGAGCUGGAUGUAGGAUAUAAAAAAAACUUAAUGUCGUGCUUUUGAAAAUAUUUUUCUUUAACUUUUUUUUUUAUUUUUACUUUUUUAGUUUGUGGGUGUGCGGAGUUUGAAUUCUGCUCCACUGCAGCGUGGGCAGAUUGUCUGAUUGUAAAUUUAAUUUUUGUUUGUUUGUUGUCUUUCAUUCCAUUUUUUUUCCCUUACCUGUGUGGUCGGUCACACCUGAGUGUACAGGUGUGCCGCUAGCCCCGCCCCCAUUCUGACCCCUCCCCUCCUCACUGUGCACCAAUUGGAAACAGCCUGUGGAACUGGCAAAGCUUCUUAUUAAUGGACUUUACAAAGCUGCGUGUCCACCAACAUCCUCUUUAAAGCUCUGGCUGCUUCUUCUCUAUUAUAUAUCACACAGUACAAUUAAUAUAUAUUUUUUUUAGCAUACAAUCGAGAAAACUAUUUUGCAAGAAAAAGCACUACAGCUGAGAUUUUUUAUUCACUGUACACACCGGUAGCCACUAAUGCCAGGUACUGUUUUUGCCUUCAUUAAAUACUACUGUAAUAAUACAAAGAAUAAAAAAAUAAUUAAGUAGGAGUAAAUUAAAAGCUACAGUAAAGGCAUUAGACGAUGACACUAAUACGCAACAUCACGGUUAUGACAUGUCCACGCAUAUGCAACUCUACAGUGUAUAAUUAAACUGCAUCGUGUCCACAUGAGGUGGGCAGCAUGACUAGACGAUAUCUAACCUUAGAUAAUAUUUAAUAUCAGGUAAAUCAGAGGCUGAAGUCCUGCCUUUCUUUAGGACGUCCGCUAACUUUGGCUAAAUAAUGUUUUUUUCUUGGGGGUUUAAACUCGAGAUUCGUUUUCCAUCCUUAGGUUUUGAGAUAAUUGAGCAUCUGCUGCUGUAACGGAUGAUCAUAAAUGUAGGUAAACUAGUCAGUGAAGGUGCAGUUAAGCCUGGAGCCAGGAGGUGAUUAGCCUAGCUUAGCAUAACGAUGGAAAGCAGUUGGAAACGGCUAGCGUUUAGAACAGGCUUCUAGGGCUUCAACGGAUUAGAGAGGCUGUCCCUGCUUCCAGCUGCUGUUAGCUAAGAAAUGGUUACGUUAUGUAAUCACAAAUCUGAUUUUUAGAUUUCCAUUAGUGUUUAAUUAAACAAACAAGAAAUAAUGUGUUAAGUUCAGGAGCUUUAGAGAUGUCUGUAUUUUUUUUAAACUUGAAACAGCCAGGUGAGCUGUUUCCACCUUUUUCUUUUUGUUUUUUAAAGCAGCCAAACUUCCCAUAUGUUAAAUGUUUUCUAAAGACAAACAACCGCUAGAACUUUGACGAAAUUAACUCAUCUAAAUCGGACACAUUUGUAUUUGUGAUCACAAACGAUCAAACAAGAGCAUGAAUCUAACCAGAUGUUGGAGCGUUUGUUCUUGUCUCUGUGUUGUGCACCCUUUUCCUAAAGGUUUUGUCGUUCGAUGUCGAAGUUUACUCAUGCAGUUUUGCUAAUAAAUCAAUGGCCGAGAUGUAGUUGUAGUGUUGAUGAUGAUGGUAAAAGUUUGAGUUUAUUUUUGUUAAAAUGAAGAGUUCAGAUGUGCAGUAGUUGUUGUCAGAUUUUGGUUCUUGGUUCUUGGUUCCUUGUAUCUGAGACCAAACCUCAGGUCUGGUGCAGGCUCAGUCCAAAUUGUACUCGGGUUUAGUCUGAUGAUGUUUGGGCAGGUUUUCACACUGGUUUACAGAUUUAACAUCACAGUAGUUGUUGUUUAUUUCUUCUAGAAUAUGGACAGAAAACUACAGCCAGCUUGUUUUAGCCUUUCAGACGAUACCAGUAAAAAGAAACCCUAAAAAAAAAAAAAAAAAACUCAAAACCAAAAGUUAGCAGAAAACCAGGACUUCAGCUUUCUGUAUCCUCUGUCGUUAGCGCAGCGGCUAAAAAGAGCGAUGGCUGAUGGACACGUCCCAGUUUUGUCUCCAGUCUUUAGACUUGCUGGUGCUUCAGGGGGCGAUCUGAUCUGACGUGUGACGCCCAUGGAUGAUAUCAAACUGGAGCAUAUUCGAAGCACAUUUGAAGCACACACUGCAGCUCGUACAGCACACGACGCUCACAGGUGGGAAACAACUCAGUAGCCAACCUGUGAGUCCAGCGAUGACGGCCUCUGGAUUGUAAAAUUGUAGUCGCAGCUUGAGCUUUGAAGUUUCCCACCUGAGCGUCGAUGUCGGUCUGAUCAACCAAAAACCUGCUCAGUGUUGGUGAUGUCUUUACCUUCUGUUCCUUCUGAUUUAUCUGUUUGAAAUUUCUUGUUCCCGUUCGUCAGCUUUCCUCCUCAUCCACCCCUAAGAAAUAAAUGUACAAAUAAUUUGCUUUUUGUUGUUGUUGUUCUGUUUUCUUUUGGUGUGGGGGGAGCUGGGGACAGAGGCAGAGGCUCAACUGGAAUCACAGUUGUUUUUUUUAUUUCUUCGUGUUUCAGAGCAAGUUUUCUGGCACAUACAGUACAGUAACAUACGCAGAUUUGAGAUGUCUGUUAAAACCAUUUGAUCACAUGUGGACUGCAUUUUGAUGUGGCAAAGAAAACCAAUAACUGUGCCAUUAUACAACUGUUAUGUUUGUUUUUUUGUCUUGACUGGGCAGUUUAACCUGUACAUAGCUGAGCGCUUGCCAUCUCGGGCUUUUAGUUUUUUUGUUUUUUUAAUUUUAAGAUGUGAUUUUCAGGGGGUUACUGAACAGAGACUUCUCACGUCUGGAGGAAACUUAACCAACGUGACACCACUGACUUUGUCGGGAGCGGGUUUUCGUGCGUUGUUGUGACUUUGCGGUCGAUCUCACCUCCCCGAACUCUUGAGACAGACGUUUAAAAAAAACACAAAAAGACGCUGAUUACAAACUGAGCAUCCCCCGAACUGUGAAUGUGUGCAUGUGUGGAAUAAAUAAAAAAUGUACCACCCACGAAAUCCAGACCGAUGCAAAAGGUGUGACUCUUUAACUCUGAAGUACCGGUACCUCAAGACCUGGAUGGUACCACUUUUUUUUCUUGAAGGGAUCUCUCGUUUUGUGGCGCCUCUCCUGUCUCGCCGGCAUUAACACACAAAAACGCUCUGUUGCUACGUUUUAAAGGAGCUCCUUGUUUUUUUUCCUCAUGGACUUCUUCGUGGAGCGUCACACUUCAUAUCAGCCUGUCAGUCGCCUCAGCUCCUCCUUCUUGUUCACUCGUUUUGACAGUGCCAUUUUGUUUUUCCUCAAGGGUUGCAUCUUGUCGUAAAUACUUGCCCCCUUGUGGUGGUUUUUAUUUCUUUUUUUUUUUGGAAGUUAUAAUAACAAAUGCACACCAACUGACUGGAACAAGACUCGAUCUCUUUAUCAACUCACUGUGGUUUAACUCAUUAACACUCUUACCAUGCUACGCUAACGGCUGUGGACAAUCGACGACUCCACCGUGUUGGGGUUUGGACAGAUAAUUUUUGCCUAACGACUCCUUUAACAGAUGUGGAAUGGAGGUUGCGUUCAAGAGGGCUUUUUGGUUUUAAUUUUGUUUCAAUGUUUUUUUCCUCUUUUUUUGGUUAUGUUGUUUUUUUUGGGGGGGUAUUUUCUUCCAUCGAGACUGGAAUCAAGCGUACAUGUCAGCUAUAGAUAAUUUAAGUUACUCUUGUGUCAUGAUGUAAAACUGUCUAAUUUGGAGAAAAAAAAUGUAGCUUACUGAAAAAUAAAGAUUUAGGCACUGUU